GUCAAUUCUAAGAUUAAAAACAGCUCUCAUAAUGUUUCAAAGUCUAAAAUUAUUAUUAUGUGUUACACCGUGUAUAAUAAUGUUUAUCUCUCCAAUAUCAUCCGUGGAUCUGCCCGAAGACUUAAAGAAGGUGAAACAGACCAACAAUCACACGGCCAAAGACGACACGUCAAGCCACUGCAUGGAGGAGUUCAUGCACUGCCUCAAUCCUCACACAAUUUCGCCAGUUUGUGCACUCAACUCCCUGACCGAUACAAAACAUCCUUUUCAAAGUAUAUGCGAAAUGAUACACGAAAACUGUCGCAGCAAGGCAGAACAAUGGCAUUAUUUAAGUGACAAUAUGGCAACUUGCAAUGGAACUAUAGGCAACUUUACAAUACUUACACUUAGGAAGGAAUGAUGUCACAGUGUCCAUGAUUAUCUUAUUAUUAUAAAUAAAAUUAUGAGUC